AUGGGCCAUGAGGAAGCUGUGGGAGGAGAGAAAAGCCAUGAAGCGCACACAAUUGAUCGCGUUAAAGCUUCGUGGAUACCCCAAGGUACAGUUUCUGUUCAAAGACGAGACAGAAUCCCGGACGCAAACAGUGAAACAUCGAUCCGCAUGGUCAUUGCUUGCAUGGGCUGUUAUGGAAGACAAGCAAAAAAUAUGGUCGACCGGUAUACGAUAGGCACAACGGGAUAUGGAGGUCACAUAUGGCGACAGGUGCAAAACUGUGAAGCUUCCUUUUCACGCCUUUAA